AUGACGAAUGGGCCGAAGAGUGGGCCGGAGGUGAGCAUUCAGCUGCCGGAAACAAAGAUGGACUUCGACAGCGGCCCGGUAUCGGUGACCCUGCAGCGGCCGGAAAGCCAGAGGAGUGUGCUGGCCCACCGGAAAGCUGACCUCAUUCACUGCAUGGUGCGGCUGAUAUGCGUCUUGACGAGCAUUACGGCGAUUUCGGUGAUGACGUCAGCAAAGCAAGCCGGCACCCUCGAUCUCUACGGCUUCAGCAUACCUUUGUUCUCCAAGUGGUCAUUUUCCGACUCUUUCGAGUACCUCGUCGGAAUGUCAGCAGCCGUGGCAGUUUAUUCGUUGGUUCAGUCGAUAAUCAACGCGUUUAAAAUUUUACGAAAGUCUCCGAUUAUCGCUUCUAGAAAUCAUGCAUGGCUUAUUUUUGUUGCAGAUCAGAUAUUUGGAUACGCGAUGAUGAGUGCCGGAUCAGCUGCAUCAGGCGUCACGAACCUGAACAGAACAGGCAUUCAUCAUUCGGCUCUUCCGAAUUUUUGCAAGCCUUUGCGCGUUUUCUGCGAUCGUGUGGCUGUCUCUAUAGCCUUCGCCUUCUUCAGCUGCUUCUUGCUUGCAGUAUCAGUGGUUCUGGAUGUAAUUUGGCUGUCCAUGUAUUAUUAA